UGGUCCAAAGUUAUCGAGAUGCUCGCGGGGACAGGCUGUGGUGUUUUAGCAGGUGGCCUCCUCCAUGGUGGCUCAGGUGAGUUGCACCUAUUUAUAGGUGGCAUUGUGGCUUUGCAUCUCCAUGCAUAUUUGACACAGUGAGGCCCAGUUCGAACUCCAAAGCUGGUUAAAUGUGUUACAAACUCGGUUCGAGAAAACUAAUAAUAUUAAAUCGGAGAUAUCCGCAAGGGUCCGACAACAGGCUGAACCUACGCUGAGAGGAUUACGCCAACCGCUGGCUGCCUGUGUCAGUAUGCUUUUCCCCUCCCAUAUAAAUUACUGGCCAUUUCAGUACCUGUUGUUGGUCCUUGCUUUGGUGGCCCAUCGCAAUAAUGACUUCCAAUGCACCAUCUGAAUGCUGCAUGGCAGGACAUCUGCACGACGGCAGGGCCAGUGGGGAGAUCCAAGAACUUGCCAACAUCUCGACGUACAUCGCCUAUCCACCUGAUCGGUCGACAAAGAAUGCCAUCUUGUUUCUCACUGAUGGCAAUGGCCAUCGCUUUAUCAACGCCCAUUUGAUGGCGGACCAGUUUGCCGCCCGUGGCUUCCUCGUCGUUAUGCCCGACCUCUUCCACGGCGAUCCCAUCCCAGUCGACCAUGGGCCUGACUUUGAUAUCAUGGGCUGGUACAACCAACACCUGCCGGAUAAGGUUGAUCCCAUUGUCAAUGCUAUACUAGGGGAAAUGCGCACUACCCUCGGCUGUCAGCGAGUCGGCGCUGUCGGGUAUUGUUUCGGCGGCAAAUAUGUGUGUCGCUACCUCAAAGCUGGCAAACUAAACGCAGGGUUCGUUGCCCACCCAACCAUGGUGACGGUGGAGGAGCUGGAGGGGGUCGAAGGGCCGUUGAGCAUUGCUGCAGCCAGUGAGUUGAGCAGAACUGUGUACUUUCUUACAUUAUUGAUGUUGACCAAUGGACAAGUUGUUGAUCCCGUCUUCACCACUGCCAACCGCCACGAGAGUGAGGGGAUCCUAGCUGGAGUUGGUGUUCCUUUUCAGAUAAAUUUAUUCUCUGAUGUAGAGCACGGAUUUGCGGUCCGCUGUGAUCCAGCAGAGCUGCGGCAGAGAUUCGCCAAAGAAUCAGUAUUUGAGCAGGCUGUGGCAUGGUUCGAUCGGUAUGUGAAGGAGUGAAUGACUGGAGCCAGCCAACACUUGAUUCACUGUUCAGGUUGGACGGCUGAGGCUAGACCUUUCCUUUAUCAACCUUCAGCGGCACUAUGUUUAAAUUGAUGUCUACAAACCUCCCUGGGUUACAGAUGUGUCUUCUUUGCAGACUUCAAGGAGUGCUGAUCCUUGUUUCAGGGAAUUUACAUAUAGUACCCAUACUACUUACUACCUAUAUACCAUUCCAUCAAGGGGAGAGAGCUUCUGGAAGGGGUAUUGCCUGAGACGAACGAAGAACCGAGAUCCAAUCUUAUGGAACAGCAGUAUAUCAUAUAGCCAGGCAUCGAUCGUUCCUUCCGCAUCAGCAUAUCACGAAACCUUAAUUCCUGUCUGGCAAUGGAAUGAUUGCCAUCGCGUUAUUUUGAGCGACGCGGUUUUCCCGAAUAGGCUACUUUCAAAUAAUUACUAAGC